GAAGAUUGUUGUCAUUUUGGCUACGUGGAAGUAGCUAUCUGUAUGUCAGAGGCUGAGAGCAACUCCUGCCCUCAUCCGUUGUCUUUAUUCAUUUAAAAUGAUUAAAAAAUUUGACAAGAAAGACGAGGAGUCUGGAAGUGGGUCAAACCCUUUCCAGCAUCUGGAAAAGAGUGCUGUAUUGCAAGAGGCACGCAUUUUCAAUGAGACCCCUAUCAAUCCGAGAAGAUGCCUCCACAUCCUGACCAAAAUCAUCUACCUCCUCAAUCAGGGAGAGCAUUUUGGGACCACAGAGGCCACAGAGGCCUUCUUUGCAAUGACAAGGCUCUUCCAGUCUAAUGAUCAAACCCUGAGGAGGAUGUGCUAUCUAACCAUCAAGGAGAUGGCAAACAUCUCUGAGGAUGUCAUCAUUGUCACUAGCAGCUUGACCAAGGACAUGACUGGAAAGGAAGAUGUUUAUAGAGGACCUGCCAUCAGAGCCCUCUGCAGGAUUACAGAUACCACCAUGUUACAGGCCAUUGAGAGGUACAUGAAGCAGGCUAUUGUUGACAAGGUGCCCAGUGUGUCCAGUUCUGCGCUGGUCUCUUCACUGCACAUGGUAAAGAUGAGCUACGAUGUGGUAAAGCGUUGGGUGAAUGAAGCUCAAGAGGCUGCUUCCAGUGACAACAUCAUGGUCCAGUACCAUGCCCUGGGCCUGUUAUAUCAUCUGAGAAAGAAUGACCGUCUUGCUGUCACCAAGAUGCUCAACAAGUUCACAAAGUCUGGUCUCAAGUCUCCUUUUGCCUACUGCAUGCUGAUCCGCAUUGCCAGCAAACUGCUGGAUGAGACGGAGGGGGGCCAUGACAGCCCCUUGUUUGACUUCAUCGAGAGCUGCCUUAGGAACAAGAAUGAGAUGGUGGUGUAUGAGGCUGCUUCUGCUAUUGUUCACAUGCCCAACUGCACUGCCAGGGAGCUUGCCCCUGCUGUAUCAGUGCUGCAGCUGUUUUGCAGCUCUCCUAAAGCAGCCUUGAGGUAUGCUGCUGUCAGGACCCUCAACAAGGUGGCCAUGAAGCACCCAUCCGCUGUGACUGCAUGCAACCUGGACCUGGAGAACCUGAUCACUGACUCAAACCGCAGCAUUGCCACACUGGCCAUCACCACAUUGCUGAAGACUGGCAGCGAGAGCAGCGUGGACCGCCUCAUGAAACAGAUCUCAUCCUUUGUCUCUGAGAUCUCGGAUGAGUUCAAGGUGGUGGUGGUCCAGGCCAUUAGUGCUUUGUGUCAAAAGUAUCCCAGGAAGCACAGUGUCAUGAUGAACUUCUUGUCUAACAUGCUUAGAGAUGAUGGUGGCUUUGAGUACAAGCGGGCCAUCGUGGACUGCAUCAUCAGCAUCAUCGAGGAGAACCCUGAGAGCAAAGAAACAGGAUUGGCCCACCUGUGUGAGUUCAUUGAGGACUGUGAGCACACAGUGCUGGCCACAAAGAUCCUGCACCUGCUGGGCAAAGAGGGUCCACGCACCCCGCAGCCCUCCAAGUACAUUCGCUUCAUAUUCAAUCGAGUGGUGCUGGAGAGCGAGGCUGUUCGUGCAGCUGCUGUUAGCGCUUUGGCUAAGUUUGGAGCUCAGAAUGAUGAUCUCCUGCCGAGCGUCCUGGUUCUUAUGCAGAGGUGUAUGAUGGACAGCGACGAUGAGGUGCGCGACAGAGCUACUUUCUACAUGAAUGUGCUGCUGCAGAAGCAGAAGGCUCUGAAUGCUGCCUACAUCUUCAAUGGACUGUCUGUGUCCGUUCCCGGGUUGGAGAAAUCUCUCCACCAGUAUACUUUGGAGCCCUCAGAGAAACCUUUCGACAUGAAGUCCGUACCUCUGGCCACCACUCCUAUCACAGAACAGAAAACAGAAAUCGCCCCUGUUGCUACCAGCAAGCUGCCAGAAAAGUUGGCCCCAUCACGUCAGGACAUUUAUCAGGCACAACUCGAGGCCAUCCCAGAGUUCCAGGGUCUCGGCCCGCUCUUUAAGUCCUCCGAGCCGGUGCAGCUGACGGAGGCCGAGACAGAGUAUGUGGUGCGCUGCAUCAAACACACCUUCACCGGUCACAUGGUGUUCCAGUUCGACUGCACAAACACUUUGAACGACCAGCUGCUGCAAAAGGUGGUGGUGCAGAUGGAGCCAUCGGAAGCUUACGAGGUGGUGCACUACAUCCCUGCUCCUAGCCUCCCCUACAGUCAGCCUGGUUCUUGCUAUACUUUGGUCCGCCUGCCUGAUGACGACCCCACCGCUGUGUCUUGUACGUUCAGCUGCACCAUGAAGUACCUUGUGAGAGACUGCGACCCCAACACAGGAGAGCCCGAUGAUGACGGUUAUGAUGAUGAAUAUGUGUUGGAGGACCUGGAGGUGACGGUUGCAGACCACAUCCAGAAGGUUUUGAAGCCAAACUUUGGAGCAGCGUGGGAAGAAGUGGGAGAUGAAUUUGAGAAGGAAGAAACUUUUGCUCUGGCAUCUGUACGAACCCUGGAUGAGGCAGUGGGCAACAUCACCAGCUUCCUGGGCAUGCAGCCAUGUGAGCGCUCAGACAAAGUUCCUGAAAACAAAAACUCACAUGUCCUCUUCCUGUCUGGCGUGUUUCGUGGAGGUCAUGACGUGCUGGUUCGUGCUCGCCUGGCGCUGGCUGACGGCGUCACCAUGCAGGUGACAGUCCGCGGAAGCGAAGAGAAUGUUGUUGAUGUGAUCCUGGCUUCUGUGGGCUAAACGUUGUAAAUCUAUACGCCAACACAACUUUAAAUAUUUCUUCACAGCUCUCAAAUUAAACCUGUAAUGUUCUUGUGAUUAUCAUGUUGCCCAACUACAACAUUUUCAGAUGUUUUAUAAGUUUUAAGUUUAUAUACAGAAAGUAUUUCCUCACUUUUUCUUUAUUUUGUCUGCCGGUUCUUCAUGUCAAAUCUGGAAUAAAGUCAAAGUAUGACACGA